AUGCGUUUCUUUAAUUUUUCUCUUAUUUUUGUGGCGAGAAGUUUGGGCAAUCGGAUUAUUAACUUUGUCGAUAAUGACGACUCGGCAAGCACGGUAACGAUCCCGCCAAGAAUAAAUUACGUCGAUGUUUACAUCACUGAGGAGCCAGCGACUGUGACACCGCCGCCAAACUGUGGCUGGCUGCGUUGGGGCGCCUGGAAUGAGUGCACCUCCAAAUGCGGAAGACCUAGACAGACGAGGGUUCGUCGAUGUGAUGGGGGAAUUCAAGGAUUGAAUGGAUGUUGUCCUGGUGCUGCUCUUUCCCACAAGCCUUGUUCAUCCCCAGUGGACGACACCUGCGCGUACUGGUCCGGUUGGGGUGCAUGGAGCUCUUGCUCGACAACAUGUGGUCCUGGAUAUCGCCGAAAACAGCGAGAAUGCAUCGGAGAAGACCUCAACCGCGGAUACUUAUGCUCAGGUGACAGCGUCCAUGAAGACUCUUGUUUCAUCAGUGACGGUAAUUGGGCAAUGUGGGAGCAGUGGAGCUCGUGUAGCGCUUCCUGUGGCGAAGCUUUGCGAUCCCGAGUGAGAAGACAUUCUUGCAGCCAGUCGACUGAAAGUGAGACCGUCAAUUGUGAUCUAGAAGCAUGUUGCGACAUCUCGGAUUGGUCAGAAUGGAGCACCUGCUCUGUCUCGUGUGGCUCUGGAAUUAGCUCAAGAUCAACUCGAGACUGUCGGGGAAGGGCAGUCAACACUGAGCGACGAACUUGCAUCAACCAAGCACCGAUUUCCGAGUGGACACAGUGGAGUCAGUGUUCAGCCUCCUGCGGCCGUGGUGUUCGAUAUCGAGACAGAUCUGGUCCGUGCAUUGAAUCGACACAAGAAUCGGAGAUUUGCGAUUCUGGAAGAUGCCCUGCAUGGACAUCGUGGUCUCAGUGGUCGGCUUGCGAUGUCAGUUGCGGCGAUGGAAGCCGAUCUCGUCAACGCGAUUGUCAAUAUGGAACUGCUGGUAUUUCUUGCCUCGGGGAAUCAUACGAGUUUUCUUACUGCACAGGUAUCGAUCCCGGAUACACCUCUUGGAACGCUUGGACUGAAUGCUCGGCUUCUUGUGAUUACGGUUCAAAAACUCGAGAUCGAAGACGAAUCUGCGGCGGCGAUAUUGACACCGAGACUGUUGGCUGCGUCGUGACUAGAGGAAGCUGGUCAUAUUGGUCUCAGUGGUCGAUUUGCAGUGCUUCCUGCGGAGGUGGGACUAAAACUCGACAACGAGACCAUUCAUGCACGCACGAAGCUCAAACCCAAGAAGCGAAUUGCAACACUUCUCCAGGGUAUUACGGUCAGUGGUCUGAAUGGUCGGAAUGCUCGCAGUCCUGUCCUGGCGGGAAAAAGUAUCGAAAUCGGAAUCACAGCUGCGGAGAGCCUACUCAGAGACAAGAACAAAAUUGUGGGACUCUUGGUCAGUAUUCUCAGUGGUCCCAAUGGUCGGCCUGCCCAAGCUGUUAUAAUCAAAAUGAAGACCCAGUUCUAUCAUUCCGCCAGCGCUCUGAAAGCUGUACUGAUCGCGUAGAACAACAGGAAAAAACUUGUGUAGCACCUCGUUGCGCUUAUUGGGCCUCCUGGGGAAUUUGGAGUUCUUGCUCAACCUCUUGUGGUACUGGUUUCCGCGAACGAUUGCGUCAGUGUCAGGGAUCUCGAGACGAUUGUUUGAAUCUUUCUGGAACCAACAGCGAAGUCGACUCUUGCAACGGCGGCAGCGGUCGUGAUAUUGUUGGAAGUUGGUCUGCAUGUUCUACUUCUUGCGGCACUGGCGUCCAGUCUCGAUCGAUCACGAAUUCUUGUUCUGAUAAUGUCUAUGAAGAGACUCGAGAAUGUAUCAGCAAUAACGGCGUCUAUUCUAACUGGUCGCAAUGGUCUUCUUGUAGCAGUAGCUGCGGAGAUGGCAUGCAGUACAGACGUAAAACACAUUCUUGUGGUGAAGACGACUUCGUCCAGGAAAAGUCUUGCAACGUCUUGGCGAUUGCCAAUCGAUUUGGUGCCUGGUCUGCCUGGACUCUGUGUUCGGCUGAUUGUGGUGGUGGAAUCAAAUCAAGAACUCGAUACCAAGAAUGCUCCGCGCAGUCCGAAGUACAAACCGUUGACUGCAACCAACAAUCAUGCGGCCAACAGUCAAUUCAGUCAAUCCAAUUCAUUUCUGAGUGGUCGGAGUGGGGACUCUGUUCUACUUCUUGUGGACUUGGAUCCAAGACUCGCUUUAGAUACAAUGAGCAAAACGAACAGUUCCCAGAGACCAUUGAAUGCUACAUGGGAGAAUGUUGCAUUGAAACUUGGACUGACUGGUCGCCGUGUUGUUUCUUUGACGACAGAAACUUUAAGUUCCGAACACAAACCAAUCUUUGCGGCGGCAAUCAAGACUCGCCACAGGAGAUGAUGCUUUGUGAAGCGAACGAGGUGCCCGUCAACACUUGCCAGAGCCUCAUGUACCCCGAACAAAGUCAAAAUGAGCCUAGGAACCGUUUUUAA